AUGUCAUCUUCCUCCAGUGAAGGCGCAAAAGCGCUCUCACAGCCAUUCACUUUACCAUGUGGAAGCACAGCUCCAAACAGAUUGGUCAAGGCACCAAUGGAGGAAAUGAUGGGAUCUCUCGGAGGAGGACUUCCGAACGAAAAGCUGCUUAAAAUCUACAAACACUGGGCAGAUGGAGGUUGGGGCAUCAUCAUCACCGGAAAUGUUGCAAUCGAUUCUACCCACCUUGGAACGCCUUUUGAUAUCACACUUCCAUCAACGAAUUUACUGAAAGAUGAUAAAACGAUCCAGACUUUCAAAAAGUACGCACAAUCAAUCAAAGGGAAAGGAGAUGACAAAUCACCUUUGGCAGUUGUGCAAUUGGUACAUGCAGGUAGACAAUCGAUGAGAGGAUCGGGACGAUACCCUUGGCAGCCAACGCUAGCACCAUCUUCGAUUUCUAUGAGCACGUCCAAAGGUUUGAUAGGGAAAGUUAUAGAUUACGCAUUGUGGAACACGCCCAAAGAAAUGACCCAAGAAGAAAUCAAACAGCUAAUUCAACGCUUCGUAGAAGGAUCAGUCUUAUGCCACCAAGCUGGAUUUGAUGGUGUUGAAAUUCAUGCCAGUCACGGCUAUCAAAUUGCUGCUUUCUUGAGCCCAAGAACAAACGUCAGAAAAGAUCAAUACGGUGGAAAUGCUCGGAAUCGCGCCCGUCUGCUGCUAGAGAUCAUCGAUGGCGUUCGUCAAAGGGUGCCUAAAUCAUUCGCCGUUGGUGUGAAGUUGAAUUCGAGUGAUUACGUUCAAGGUGGAUUAACUGAAGAUGAUGCAUUGAUGAACGUCAAAUGGCUGGCAGAACAUGGCGGUGUAGACUUUGUGGAAAUCAGUGGUGGAAAUUAUGAGAAUCCUUCAUUUAUGAUGGACAGCUUUGAUUCCGAAAAAGAGCUCGCCAAAGUCAAUGGCACAGCCAAGACUCCAUCCAAGCCUCCCACAUCAGCCCGAACACAAGCACGCGAAGCAUUCUUUCAAAAUUUUGCACUUCGAGCUCGUAGUUCGGUACAAGACGUGAAAGGACCAGGUCGUGAGAUGGCCUUGAUUUUGACCGGAGGUUUACGUUCGCGAACAGGAAUGGCUGGUCCUGUUUUGGAAGGCAUUGUUGAUGGUGUCGGGAUCGGAAGAAUGGCUUGUGUUUAUCCUGAUUUACCAAAGACUAUCUUGAAUGAUAGUGUGCCUGACACUGAUCCUAAAAGCAGUCCUCCGAAGUAUACGAUGAAAGGAAGUGGUACGGUGGCAUUACUACCAUUGAAGAUCGUCAACGCUGGUUGGGGAACGUGA